ACCCAGCCUCCUGGAGCCUCCCUCUUUGGAGCCAGCCUUUUCAGCAGUUCGGCCUUGGAUUUCAUUACUCUUCUAAUCUUGUCUCAAUAUCCUGGCUCCCCAAUCCAUUGCUUCCCAUAUUCCCAGUGCUAGGAAGUAUACUCUUACUUCUAUCCGCUCAGACCAUCCACAUGGUCAAGUUUGCUGUGGAGGUUUCAAACAUUGCUCCAAAUCUCCUUGAAUCUGGACUUUGUAGUUGACCAAUAGAAUGUAGUAGAAGUGACUGCUGGUUUCCAGACCCAAACUAUCCUAUCUCUGGAUGCUCACCCUUACAACAACUCAGCUUUCAAUUGACAGCAAACUGAAACAGCCUGUGGAGUGGAACUAGGCCCUAGCUGAGAUUUCAACUGAUAGCCAACACCAUCUUGCCAGCCUCUCGAGUCAUUUAGAAAUUGGAUCCUCCAGCCCCUAGUGGAACAGCCCCCAUCCAACACCAUAUGGAACAGAAAUGAGUUGAUCUCACAGAGCCGUGCCCAAAGCCCAGAUUUAUGGGCAAAGUAAAUGAUUGUUACUUGUAGCCACUAAGUUUUGAGGUAGUUUGUUAUGCAGCAAUAGGUAACUAAUAGAGUCACCCAGCUUCACUCCUGGUCUCCUAGUGUCAACAUUACCACUACCUGAAUGAUAGACAUGUUUUAUUGGGAAAAUGAUUUUUCUCUGUUCCUAUGCUUCUGCACCAGUGGGUUGGUUCAGUAAUAAAUAUGUGAGGCCUUUUGUUUGGGGGGAGAAAACGAGGAAUUUUAGAGUUAAUACAAUUUACCCUUCAAAAAGCUACAAGAAUCAGAUUAAGUCAGCGCAUAAGAGAACUUGGCACAAAGUAAUUGAUGAAUGCUUAUGUAACAAAAAAAUUUAAGGAAUUAUCUUGAGUCAAGGGAAUGAACUUAAGGAGUUUUACAUUCUGACAUAAACAUUACCAAAAAGAUUAUUUUUUAAGAUCAUAAGAAAUGCAUGUUUGUCUACUACUUUCCUAGCAACCAGCUUGGCCCUUCUGUGACUCAGAGCUGACUUGGAAUCUCAGCUACAUGCUCUUUUACUAGCGUCUGAAUCCUUUCAGUUUCUUCUCAUAGCCAUCAUCUGACCAAAUUAAAUAUGGGUUUUCCUUAUUUAUCCUGAAGCUCAUGCCCAGCUUUAUUUUCUGCCAGAGGAAUCUGUCCUUCGCCGUGUAAUGAACUAACCGCACUGAGCUGCUCUUCUUUUCUGAGGGUGAAAAUGGGAGCUUACUCUUCCCUUCCUACCUCUCCUCCCUGAGAAGAGACUGGAUGAAACCCUUCUCUUUUGGUUAAGUAGAAGGCAGAGACACAAAGUGCAUGUAGAAUCUGCAAGUACACGUCGGUGACAACAGUCUCGAAAGCAUCUGGCCUUGCUUCCACGCGCGCGCAGGGGAGAGCCUCGCCCCCACGCCUGCACACGCUUGGCCAGCAAUCUGCUGCGCUUGCAGAUCCUGCCGGACGGUAUCAAGUCUCUGAUCUCACGUGACUGUCAAAACCACCCAGAAAGGGAGCGGGAGAGAAGGGAAACCGAAGCAGACACGGAGACGACCCGUUAGAGAGCUAGGAAACCGCAGGGGGUGGACUGGGACCGAGGACGCCCGCCUCUCCCGUCGAUCUCCCCUCAGCGCGGCCCUGGUCCUGAUGCUGAGCUCCCGGAGCGCGCACACCUGCGCGGGGGCAGGACGAGCCAGCCAAUGGAGAACUCGCGUCCAGGAGGCGGGACGGGGAAGCCUCUACCGACCCAGCCUGCCCGAGAGGGAUGCAGCUAAUGAGCGCCUCGUGCUGGAGAGAGACGGCGGCUCGACCAAUGAGAGGCGGAGGCCCGCCGGGCUGAAGGUGGAACAGCCAGUGGGGCGCCAGGGCGGGGCGGCGAGAGCAGCGCCAACCCGCCAGCGCCGAGCGCCGGCGUGCUGUCCGGAUCGCCGCCCGCCAUGGCCCGCGCUGCCCGGCUCCUCGCCGCGCUGGCCGCGCUCCUGGCCGCCGCCGCCACAGGCGGAGACGCCCGGCCCAGCAAAAUCGCCGUGGUUGGGGCCGGAAUCGGGGGCUCCGCCGUAGCCCAUUUCCUCCAGCAACACUUCGGGCCCCGGGUACAGAUCGACGUAUUUGAGAAGGGGACUGUGGGUGGCCGCCUGGCCACCAUCUCCGUCAACAAGCAGCACUACGAGAGCGGGGCCGCCUCCUUCCACUCCCUGAGCCUGCACAUGCAGGACUUCGUCAAGCAGCUGGGCCUGAGGCACCGGCGAGAGGUGGUGGGCAGGAGUGCCAUCUUCAGCGGGGAGCACUUCGUGCUGGAGGAGACAGACUGGUACCUGCUGAACCUCUUCCGCCUCUGGUGGCACUACGGCAUCAGCUUCCUGCGGCUGCAGAUGUGGGUGGAGGAGGUCAUGGAGAAGUUCAUGAGGAUCUACAAGUACCAGGCCCACGGUUACGCUUUCUCGGGCGUGGAGGAGCUGCUCUACUCGCUGGGGGAGUCUGCCUUCGUCAACAUGACCCAGCGCUCCGUGGCCGAGUCCCUGCUCCAAGUGGGCGUCACUCAGCGCUUUAUCGACGAUGUCGUCUCCGCUGUCCUGCGGGCCAGCUAUGGCCAGUCUGCAGCAAUGCCUGCCUUCGCUGGAGCCAUGUCACUAGCUGGGGCCCAGGGCAGCCUGUGGUCUGUGGAGGGAGGCAACAAGCUGGUUUGCUCCGGCCUGCUGAAGCUCACCAAGGCCAACGUGAUCCAUGCCACAGUGACCUCUGUGACCCUGCAAAAUACAGAAGGGAAACCCUUGUACUAUGUGGAGUACGAGAACGAGGUGGGCAACGGGUCUGACUUCUAUGACAUAGUGGUCAUCGCCACGCCCCUGCACCUGGAUAACAGCAGCAGCUCCAUCACCUUUGAGGGCUUCGACCCACCCAUCGAUGCUGCCCAGGGCUCUUUCCAGCCCACCGUGGUCUCCUUGGUCCACGGCUACCUCAACUCUUCCUACUUCGGUUUCCCUGACCCCAAGCUCUUCCCCUUCGCCAGCAUCCUCACCACAGACUUCCCCAACUUCUUCUGCGCCCUGGACAACAUCUGUCCGGUCAACAUCUCAGCCAACUUCCGGCGGAAGCAGCCCCAGGAGGCCGCCGUCUGGCGUGUCCAGUCCCCCAAGCCCCUCCUCCGGUCCCAGCUGAAGACCCUCUUCCGCUCCUACUACUCGGUGCAGACCGCCGAGUGGCGGGCCCACCCCGUGUAUGGCUCCCCCGGCACCCUCCCACGCUUCGCCCUCCACGACCAGCUCUUCCACCUCAAUGCCCUGGAGUGGGCAGCCAGCUCGGUGGAGGUGAUGGCGGUGGCUGCCAAGAACGUGGCCCUGCUGGCCUACAACCGCUGGUACCAGGACCUGGACAAGAUCGACCAAAAGGACCUGAUGCACAAGGUGAAAACCGAGCUGUGAGGGGUCCAGGGAGAGCCGGGGAGCGCCCGACCCCCGCGGAAGACGGUUCACCUCCACAGCAGCCCAGGCUGGGCAGGCUACACUGGCCACCAGACCUCGUGUGGCAAGCCGCUGCCCCUGCCGGCCUGGUCCCUGCAGCCCACUCUCUGCCUUUCUCUCUUAAGGACUUUCACAGUGUUUGCUUCUUGUUAAGGGGAGACUAAGAGAGGGAAGGAAAUUCAAGCCUGUGUAUUCAUUUUAUUUAUUUUUUUUUUUUAAGAAGAAAUAAAAAUCCAUCUCUCCAGCUGCUUCUAAUUUGGUUU